AUGGCGAACCGAGCGGGGGAUAUGGGCAUGGAUGUACAGGUCAACCGUAGGUUGAACAGCAGAUACGAUCCGGACACGGAAAAGGAAGUUAUUCAGUGGGUCAACCAACUGACCGGUGAAAAUGUGCCUUUAGGGAGGGAGAAUGUUGCUGCUGCCCUCAAAAACGGUCAAAUUCUUAUUAAGCAAGCUGGUGAACAAAGUGUACGAAGGCACGAACCCACUCCCACCCACAGUCACGAAGAAGAAGCACCCAUUCAAAGCCAACACAAUGGCGGCGCCAUUCAAGCAGGUCAGUCACCCUUCCAGGCCUUCGAUGAUAUGGAAAAUAUCCAAAUUUUCCUGACAGCUGCUGAAGCCUACGGAGUGCCUCGGACUAGCCUCUUCCAGACUGUGGAUCUCUUCGAGAUGAGGAACAUGGCUCAAGUUCUCAGCUGCCUCCUUCAACUCGGAACUGAAUGCCAGCGAAACAACUUUAGUGGACCAACCUGUGGACCGAAACCAACGUACGAAAAUAAGCGUGAGUUCACCGAAGACCAAUUGGCCGCCUCAAAGGCUAUAAUCGGUCUGCAGGCAGGCUCAAACAAAGGCGCCAGCCAGAAAGGCAUGAGCAUGGGCGCUGUUCGCCACAUCGCCGAUAUAAAGGCAGAUGACUUGUCAAAAGAAGGUCAGGGGAUUAUCGGUCUACAGGCGGGCUCGAACAAAGGCGCCAGCCAGAGCGGAAUGGCCAUGGGUGCGGUGCGUCACAUUGCGGACAUGAAGAUCGGCGAAAUGUCGGAUGCUGGUAAGACUUCGCUCAACCUCCAGACGGGCACCAACAAGGGUGCCAGUCAAUCAGGCAUGGCCAUGGGGGCAAUGCGUCAUAUUGCGGACCAGAAAAUUGCAGAGAUGACGGCUGAAGGAAAAAGCACUAUUGGUCUUCUGGCCGGCUCAAACAAGGGUGCUAGUCAAAGUGGCAUGUCCAUGGGCUCCGUGCGCCACGUGGCCGACCUGAAAGUAGAUCAAAUGUCCAAGGAGGGUCAGAGUGUCAUUGGUUUGCAGGCGGGCUCAAAUAAGGGCGCCAGCCAGAGUGGAAUGGCCAUGGGAGCAAUGCGUCACGUGGCCGAUAUAAAGGUGGAUGAAAUGACCAAAGAGGGCCAGGGUGUGAUCGGAUUGCAAGCAGGAACCAACCAAUUUGCGAACCAGUCAGGAAUGAGCAUGGGUGCUAGACGUCAUAUUGCCGAUAUCAAGGUUGGAGAUAUGUCGAAAGACAGUGCGGGCAUCAUAGGACUUCAGUCGGGCUCAAAUCAAGGCGCAAGCCAGGCUGGUAUGAGCUUUGGAGCUCAACGGCACAUAACUGAUGUCAAAGUGGGAGAACUAGAGUAG